AUGCCACUGAAACACUACCUCCUCCUGCUGGCGGGCUGCCAGGCCUGGGCUGCCGCCUCAGCCUACUACGGCUGCCCCAGCGAGUGCACCUGCUCCCGGGCCUCGCAGGUGGAGUGCACGGGUGCGCGCAUCGCCGUGGUGCCCACGCCCCUGCCCUGGAACGCCAUGAGCCUGCAGAUCCUCAACACGCACAUCACGGAGCUCAGCGAGGCCCCGUUCCUCAACACCUCGGCCCUGGUCGCCCUGCGGAUCGAGAAGAAUGAGCUGUCCAGCAUCCUGCCCGGGACCUUCCGCAACCUGGGCUCGCUGCGCUACCUCAGCCUGGCCAACAACAAGCUGCAGGUCCUGCCCGUCGGCCUCUUCCAGGGCCUGGACAACCUCGAGUCGCUGCUGCUGUCCAGCAAUCAGCUGGUGCAGAUCCAGCCGGCCCACUUCUCGCAGUUCAGCAACCUCAAGGAGCUGCAGCUGCACGGCAACCACCUGGAGUACAUCCCGGACGGCGCCUUCGACCACCUGGUGGGGCUCACCAAGCUCAACCUGGGCAAGAACAGCCUCACCCACCUGUCGCCGCGUGCCUUCCAGCACCUGGGCAACCUGCAGGUGCUACGGCUGUACGAGAACAGGCUGGCCGACAUCCCCAUGGGCACCUUCGACGGGCUGGGCAGCCUGCAGGAGCUGGCCCUGCAGCAGAACCAGAUCGGCACGCUGUCGCCCGGGCUCUUCCACAACAACCGCAACCUGCAGCGGCUCUACCUGUCCAACAACCACAUCUCCCAGCUGCCGCCCGGCAUCUUCAUGCAGCUGCCCCAGCUCAACCGGCUCACGCUGUUCGGCAACAACCUCAAGGAGCUGUCGCCGGGCGUCUUCGGGCCCAUGCACAACCUGCGCGAGCUCUGGCUGUACGACAACCACAUCUCCACCCUGCCCGACAACGUCUUCAGCAACCUGCGCCAGCUGCAAGUGCUGAUCAUCAGUCGCAACCAGAUCAGCUUCGUCUCCCCCGGCGCCUUCAACGGGCUGUCGGAGCUGCGCGAGCUGUCGCUGCACACCAACGCGCUGCAGGAGCUGGACGGGAGCGUGUUCCGCGCCCUGGCCAACCUGCAGAACGUGUCCCUGCAGAACAACCGCCUCCGCCAGCUCCCGGGCAACCUCUUCGCGCACGUCAACGGGCUCACGACCAUCCAGCUGCAGAACAACCAGCUGGAGAACCUGCCGCGGGGCAUCUUCGACCACCUGGGCAACCUGUGCGAGCUGCAGCUCCAGGACAACCCCUGGCGGUGCGACGCGGACAUCCUGCCGCUCCGCAACUGGCUCCUGGUCAACAGGGCCCGGCUGGGGACCGACGCCGUCCCGCUGUGCUCCAGCCCGGCCGACGUCCGAGGCCAGUCGCUCGUCAUCAUCAGCGUCAACGUCGCCGCGCCCAGCGCCUAGGCCCCCCCAGACCCCCGCGUCUACCCCGAGACGCCGCGGUACCCGGGUGCGGACACGCCCGGCUAUGACGACAUCACGGCCGUGUCCCCCACCGCCACGGAGACCGCCGCUGCGGGCGACUCCACCGACCUGACCACCAUCGGGGGCACCGACGCCCGGGACUCGGACAGCACGAGCGGCCUGGCCAUCGCCGCCAUCGUCAUCGGCAUCGUGGCCCUGGCCUGCUCGCGCGCCGCCUGCAUCUGCUGCUGCUGCUGCAAGAAGAGGAGCCAGGCGGUCGUGAUGCAGAUGAAGGCCCCCAACGAGUGUUAG